AUGUGCAACGUCAACGCACUCGGAGUCUACGUGUGGGAAACGAUCGUUUUCUUCAGCCUGGCAGCCUCCAAAGAAGCUGAAGCAGCAGCACGAUCUGCCCCCAAGCCCAUGUCUCCUUCCGAUUUCUUGGAUAAGUUGAUGGGGCGAACUUCUGGAUACGAUGCCAGGAUCAGGCCAAAUUUUAAAGGCCCACCAGUGAAUGUCAGCUGCAACAUUUUCAUCAACAGCUUUGGUUCAAUUGCAGAAACAACUAUGGAUUACAGGGUGAACAUCUUCCUGCGACAGCAAUGGAACGACCCACGGCUGGCGUACAAUGAAUACCCUGAUGACUCCCUGGACCUGGACCCCUCUAUGCUGGACUCCAUCUGGAAGCCUGACUUGUUCUUCGCGAAUGAGAAAGGGGCCCAUUUCCAUGAGAUUACCACAGACAACAAGCUUCUGAGGAUCUCCAGAAAUGGCAAUGUCCUCUACAGCAUCAGGAUCACACUGACCCUGGCCUGCCCCAUGGACCUGAAGAACUUCCCCAUGGACGUACAGACGUGCAUCAUGCAGUUAGAAAGCUUUGGCUACACAAUGAAUGAUCUCAUAUUUGAGUGGCAAGAAAAGGGAGCCGUGCAAGUUGCUGAUGGGCUGACAUUGCCUCAGUUUAUCCUCAAAGAAGAAAAAGACUUGAGAUACUGCACAAAGCACUACAACACAGGCAAGUUCACCUGUAUAGAAGCUCGUUUCCACCUGGAGCGGCAGAUGGGCUAUUACUUGAUCCAGAUGUACAUCCCCAGCCUCCUUAUUGUUAUUCUGUCCUGGAUCUCCUUCUGGAUCAAUAUGGAUGCUGCACCUGCUCGUGUUGGCCUGGGGAUCACCACAGUGCUCACUAUGACCACGCAGAGCUCUGGUUCCCGAGCAUCACUGCCCAAGGUGUCAUAUGUGAAGGCCAUAGACAUUUGGAUGGCCGUGUGCUUGCUGUUCGUGUUCUCUGCACUUCUAGAGUAUGCUGCCGUCAACUUCGUGUCUCGGCAGCACAAAGAGCUGCUCAGAUUCAGAAGGAAGAGGAGGCAUCAUAAGGAGGAUGAAGCUGGUGAAGGCAGGUUCAACUUCACUGCCUACGGGAUGGGACCAGCUUGCCUACAAGCCAAGGAUGGCAUCUCCGUCAAGGGUGCCAACAACAACAACACGGCCAACCCGGUUCCCCCGCCGUCCCGCUCCCCCGAGGAGAUGCGAAAGCUCUUCAUUCAGCGAGCCAAGAAGAUCGACAAGAUCUCACGCAUCGGCUUCCCCAUGGCAUUCCUAAUCUUCAACAUUUUCUAUUGGAUCAUCUACAAGAUCGUCCGCAGAGAGGAUGUGCACAACCAGUGA